AUGGCGGCUUUGCAGAAGGAGAGCUCGAGUGCGCUGACGCAGUCGCUUCGCCUUAGCCGGGAGAACCAGGUACUCGUCGCCGAGAAGGACAACGUAGCUCGCCGUGCCAACCGCGCAGGUCGGAGGGAGAUGGUCGCGAAGCAUCGGGAAGUGCUUGAAUCGGCUAAGGCAAAGUUCGAGGAGAAGAGGGUGGAAGGUGAGAAGGAGGGCGAUCAGAUCGAACUCCAAUCCAACAUCGAUCUCCUUACGUCGCUGAUCUCCGGUGCGAUCAACCAGGAGGAAGAGCUCGCCAGGUUGAAGGGGCUCGAGGAUGAGGUGGCCGAAGCAGCCAAGGCGGCCCAAGUCUCCGAUUUCUCGAUCGGGAAGUUAACCUUCCCGUGGUUUCGGAGGACUCGGUCGCGCGCAUGGAGAUCGACCCAUCGACGAGCAUCCCGGUUGGCUUGA